AUGUCUGACGCUAACGAUCAAUCUCGUGAAGAACAACGCAAGAAGAGAGUUCUCAAGAAGUUCUCCUACCGUGGUGUUGACCUCCCCGACCUUCUUAAGCUCGAUAUCCAGGGUUUCAGUGAAGUCGUCCAUGCUCGUGCUCGCAGAAGAUUGAACCGUGGUCUUAACAAGAAGCCCAUGGGUUUGAUCAAGAAGCUCCGUGCUGCCAAGAAGGCUGCUGGUAACGAGAAGCCUGCUCCUGUCAAGACCCACCUCAGAAACAUGAUCAUUGUUCCUGAGAUGAUUGGCUCUGCCCUCGGUGUCUACAACGGCAAGCAGUUCUUCCUUGUCGAGGUCAAGCCUGAGAUGGUUGGUCACUACCUUGGUGAGUUCUCUAUCACCUACACCCCCACCAGACACGGCAGACCCGGUAUUGGUGCCACCCACACUGCCCGUUUCAUCCCCCUGGCUUAA